AGUUACUACUACCUCUAUAAUUGGCAUGAAUGCCCUAUAACUUUUGAAACUCAACCAAUUUCAAUGAUCAAAACACAAAAAUCAGGACAUUUCCAAUAGCUCACAAAUGUCCUUCUUGAGCAAAGGUAUUUAAAUCAUAGACUAAGGAUUGAUGGUCUUAACUUAUUUAUUUUAUUGUCAAUCAAUUUAAUUUAACAAAAAUGCAAGAAAUGGGAAAUCUACACUUUCCAAAUCACCGAUAUAACUUAAAAAUUAAUUAUGUUCUUCUACGAUCAGUUUUUUAACCCUAUGUGUCUGCUUCCGAAGACAUAGAAAUUGAUUGAAAAAAAAUGCUUUACUAAGGAUGCUCGAUCGCUAUUGGUUCAAGUUCUUAUUCUUAUGCUUACUUAAUAACUGUAUAAAACAAUGAAACACAUUAUCAAGUAAUUCGCUUGGAUCUUCAGUUAACUUCUUUUACCGAUAUUCACUUAACAACUCCCGUCGCUAUUUUACAAUUAUCAACCAUAAAAGUUUCGCCGUUCAAUCCCUCUCCGGGGUAUCGCUCACCCAACUCAACACAUCCAACACCCAACGGCAGCCAACCGACCACAAUACCGGGUGUAGCUUUUCACUCUUUGUAUCCACUUCUCUUCCUCAACCUUCCUCAUCAACCCACCAUCCAACACAAUCAAGCACCCCAGAACUGCUUCCAUAAGCAGAAAACAACUCCCCUCGCACCAAGCUCUCUCAGCUCACCCACCAAAUCAUCCUUCAUAUGCAAGACCACGUAAACUCAGUGGGUGCGACCAAUUUCUCGUUCGCCAUCUCUCUUGCUCUUGGGCCAGUGCGCCAAAGCGGGACAGCCACAGUCAGCAGAGCACGCCGUUUCCACCCAUAUCUCUCGUUCUGGACUGGCUGGUUGCCGUUGUUGCUGCUUCUGCUUCUGCUUCUACUGCUGCUGGUUGGUAGUUGUGGGCUCUCCAAGCUCAACGGGUGCUUGAUUUUGCUCAACGCUUUCGUGCUUCUCGUUUCCUGCCUGCUUUCAGUCUGAUAUUGCUAUCCACGCGGACAGUUGUUACGCGCGCGCCCCGUUUUUUGAAUACCGCUACGAAGUGUGUGCCGCCGCUGCUCGAUUGAUCGCUGGUUGAAUGUCUAUCUCGUCGAAGUAGGCGCGCUGAAUUUUAAUCGUUUGGUUUUUGGUGGAGUUGUUCAAGAUGCUCUUAGUGGUGAACUGUGAUUGCUUUCGUGGCGAUGGUUACCGUGGUAACAGUUUCCGGUUUACAGUGAUUGCCGCGUGAAUACUGUGAGACUUCGGGGGGUGAAGUGAUCCUCGAAUAUCUGUUGAAGAUUUGUGUAAACUGCUGUGGAAGAAAUUCUGGAUGAUAGCGCAAUCAAGUGCAAAGAAUACAAACCAAUACGUAGAACAAGUGACAGAUCAAGCAGAAAUAUGCAAGUGAUAAAAAACGCCCAAUACAGUAAGUUGUGCGAGGUGCGAUCGACCUCGAGUUAAUUAAGCUCGAUCAACAAGUGGAUCUUGCCGUAAAGGGGAGGAAAAGAACCCUUCAGAAGUGUCACAUCCCUUUGUCCAUCGAUCAACUUUUAUAAUUAAUUAAUUAGCUCCCGCAACGGUGUGACUCCGGAUCAAGUGAUCGAGUGAAUGUGUCGUUCAAUAGCUGGGAAGCUUCAGAAGUCCAUGCUACCGAAGUGCUCUCGCGUGCAAGUGUUUGAAUGCCAAUUAAACUCACAUUAGCCCGCCGGGUGACAAGUGACAAGUGGUUGAAGCGGGUUCAGCAGAGUGCCUCCAAGACAAGUUGAGCGUGACCUUGGAACACAAUAUUGUAGACUGCAGAGCCGGAAGACGUUCAAGAGCUGCUACCGAAACCGAAAACUUAUCUGAGCUGCGCAGAAUACAGAAGAGAGGUAAAAGAAGAAGAAGCAGACCAAGUUCGCCAAGUCCGGGUCCAUAUGAUGUUGAUUGGAUCGGCGAUCGGGAGUGAGUUCGCACAGCUGCCGACCAGUGGAGCCGCCCCGUGGAGUAUGGAACCACCGCCGAGGGUACCCGGGUCCGGUUUGCCCGGUCAGCAGCCACCCGGUCCUCCUCCGCCACCGCCGGCGGGACUGCAGCUAUCGCCUACCGUUGGUCUCUCGCCGAACCUGCCCUCGCCCGGAACCGUACCACCCUCGUCGACGAACCUAUUUGGGGCUGCAGCGGCAGCGGCCGCCGCCGCCGGUCAUCCCGGCGCCAACGCGCAAACCCUCGCCGGCCUAAUGUCCCAACAUCGGCUCCUGGAACUGUCCCGAUUCGGGCUGCGGGGCUACGAUCUGGCGCAGCAUAUGCUCACCCAGCAGGGUGCCGUGUCCAAACUGCUCGGUACCCUGCGACCACCCGGUCUGAUUGGUGGGUCCAAGCCGAAAGUGGCGACACCGGCCGUCGUCUCCAAAAUCGAACAGUACAAACGGGAGAACCCGACCAUCUUCGCCUGGGAAAUCCGGGAACGUCUCAUCUCCGAAGGCGUCUGCACCAACGCAACCGCCCCGUCGGUCUCCUCUAUCAACCGAAUCCUGCGCAACCGGGCUGCGGAACGAGCAGCCGCCGAAUUCGCCCGAGCCGCCGGCUACGGUCUCUAUCCCCCACCCCCCUACGGAGGCUUCCCCUGGCCCACACCGGCCCAUCUUUGGCCUCCCGGACAAUCCCUCCCGGGGAUGACCCCGCCGGGAAGCAGCUCGAACUCCACUCCUGCCACCAUCGGAUCCCCCGGAAGCGGCUCCCACGAUACCCUCGGCAGUCCGGACGGCAAUCGACUGAUCGGUGAGUAUGAUAUCGAGGGCGAGGACUCCAACAGCCUGGACGGCGACCAACCAAAGUUUAGACGCAAUAGGACCACCUUCACCCCGGAGCAGCUCGAGGAGCUCGAGAAGGAGUUCGACAAAUCCCACUACCCCUGCGUGAGCACCCGGGAGCGCCUGGCGUCCCGAACAUCGCUCAGCGAAGCCCGCGUACAGGUUUGGUUUUCCAACAGACGGGCGAAAUGGCGACGUCAUCAAAGAAUGAAUCUUUUAAAAAGGUCCAGUUCGCCGAGUUCCCGAGCGGCAGCAGCAGCGGCAAGUUCCGCUUUCACCCCUGGUUCCCCGCCACCGCGUCCGGGAUCGGGCUCGGCCUCGGGCACCGGAGUCCACCCGUCGCCCCUGGGAGCGGCAGCCCAUCACCAAAACCAGUCAACCUCACCGGUGGCCUCGCACCUGGCGGCGUCCCAGGCCCAUGCCCAAGCAGCGGCAGCAGCAGUGGCAGCAGCACAGGCGGCAUCAUUAGUCACAGCAUCAACUCCAUUAUUAAUGGGCGGUGAGCAUAGUGCCUUCCGUUCGUUGGUCCCGACCUCGGCGGCAGCCCUCUUUGCCGGACUGUCCCGUUCGUACGCCGCCACCGCGGCCAGCUGUUCGUCCAAUCCGUCGGCCAGCCCCGUCCCCAGCGAUUCCGACGAGGAGAUCAACGUCCACGACGAUGAGUCCGACAUCGAAGUCUCGAGCCGGAAUGGCGCCGGCGAAGGAUCCACCACCCCGCUGCAGCUGACCAAACACGAACGACACUAGAGGGACGAACUCCUCCUGGAUAGAGGUAAACUCGGUACUACUCAACUCUUCAUUAACUGUAGUCACUUUAAGUAGAAUCCCAAUCUAGAAAUUUUGUAAAUAUCUCCCGCUCCAAAGCAAGCAAACAAGCCCGUCCUAUAGCGUAUAACCUCUAACAUGGUGCAAUUUCCGUCGUCUUUUCCAUUGGCUCCCAUUUUUCGUUGCGCUACGCAAUGUCCCGUUUCAACAUGGCCGGCACUCGUCGGCCGAAAGCGAGGGAAACCUUAGAAAUUGAAUACUCUGAGUUACGACGGCGACUACGGCGUCGAUGACGAGCGAGCACGAUUACCCCUCUUUUAUAGUCGAUGAUGGACGCACAGCACACGCAUAUAUGGGUUGGGUGCGAACGAAAUUGUAAAUGUACUGUGGGCAGGGAGAGCAGCCAUGAAUCAACACUAAUAUGGCACUGCCGCAACGGCUUCUGCGGCAUGGUGUGAGGAGGGUAGCUGUCGAUGACAACGGCGGCGAAGACGAUAACGACAACGGUCAGUCGCAAAUGAAGUGGGCUGUCAUUGGUUUUCGUAGAACGUGUGGAUGGUGUUUUCUAAACGUUGUAAACGUUGAAUGGCAGCGGUAAAAAUGGACGCUCGGAAUAGAAUGGGAUGAUUUGCCGAUUUCAUUUGAAGUUCAGGAAACUUGAUGAUGUGCUCAGCACAGAAAAUUGAAAUAAAUCCAAAAAACAUUUCAGGUUUCUCAGUAGCGUUCACACUAUUUGAGAGUCCCAAUUAUACUCUGUGUGAUGAGUUCCUUGACAGAAACUAGUUAUCAAACAUUCUAGAAAAUUCUUAUGUGUUUCCAUCAAUUGCUUUAAAUUAUAUAUUUCAAUCAACUUUUUUUUUCGGAAAUUUACAUUAAUGAGAAUUAAUAGCAGUCUAUGGAACCAAAAUAACAUGAUUACUUCAUAAAGUCACAAAAUAUAGUAGGUACUUGAUAUAGCGAAUAAAUCUUCCUGAUUUAGUUUCAUGGAUUGCAAUCAAGCCUUACUAAAAUCACCAAUUACUUUUGAGCAAAACUUUGGAUAAGAAUCUAAAGUAAAUCCAUUUAAAAUUCCUUACAGGUAGUUUAAGGAUAGCUGCAGGAAAUUUUUUUAAAUGUUCAUCCAGGGAUUGCUUUAAGAAUUAUUAAGUUUAAAAAAACCUGUGAAUUAAUUCCUGUAA